ACAGAAAGGUUUUUCAAUAAAUGGCAACGAUGCACGUCAAAAACUUUUGUUCAUUUUUCGUCUGCGUUUGUUUAGUACAAUCGGAUCAAGAAUUCAUCUUAUUGUUUUUUUACUCCGUAUAUUGGAAAUAUAUGUAUGACUUUAUGUUGUCUUCUAAAUAAUGGAAUCAGAUAGAAAGGACAGUUUCACGUUACAAUGCCAAACCGAAGCGUUUUCUGCCAGACGGGAAUCGAUAUUUGGAAAUUUACCGGUUGUAGAGCUGGCCCAAAAAGAAGUAUAUUCGCUGCCUUCGUCGGCAGUUUGCAACAGUCUGACAGAAGAAGAGGCUUCAGUAAAUGAUGAUGUAACAUCAUAUAAGGGAGAAGAAAGUAUGUUCAAAAGGCCCAUGCCAAAACUUAAAAAAUCAUCACAUGCACCAAGGAGAUGUCAAUAUCUUAACAAAACAAUUACUCCUGAUCACAAAAGAAACCCACAUAAAUGGGUAAAGUACAGUUUGGCCACAACCUCUGAUGUCACUGAUAAGUCAAAUACCGCAGCUGCUCUCUCAUUUCUGAAAGACUUGGAAAAAAGAAAGCACAGCCUUGAAGAUGAAAUUCCAGAACCUGUGGAUACUGGGAAGAUUGUGUUCAAGAAGCCCAGAACUUGUGAAAAAAGGUCAGAAAAAAGUAAAACAUACAGAGAUGGGAAAUUGUGUAUGCCAGCCUUUGAAUUUGGAACCAAGAGAGCAAAAGAAAACAAGAAAGAAACAAGAAUGAAAGGUGAAAACUCAUCACAGAAAGCAAAAGUUCAAAGCUGUCUCAGCCACUUAGAAGAAGAAGGUGAUGACAAUGGUAAUGAUGAUGGUAACAGUGAUGACAAAAAAGUGUAGAUAUUUGAGAUUGUAUUAUCACUAUAAAGAAUAGUUGAGUGUGAUUGUGGAUAUUGAGGAUUGAGAUCUGUGACAUGUCCCACAGUUUUGUGAGCGCUGUUUCUUUGAUGAAGAUAAGCACCAGUAAAUAAUAUUGCAGAGCGUAUUCAGUAAUUGCCAGGAAAAGAAACAUUACUCCUCUAGAGAAAAAAAACAAACAUAAAAACUCGUUUUUUAAAUGUAACAUUGGGAAUAGUAAAAUUCAAGAAGAAAACGACUACGUGUAUUAUUUUCAAGUCUCUUUAUGUAGACAUGAGAUGUUAUCAUUUGAAAUGGUUGUAACUGUUGCUUUCGGAAAACAAAUAAAACCUUUUUUAAAAUUG